AUGAUGGCACUAGUGAACAACCCAACCGCUAAUAAUUCUUCUGAACAUAAAAAGCAGGAGUUCGAGACUGCUUUAGCAGAGGGGAAACGAGCGUUUACGCUGAAUGAAUACCAACCGGCUGCUGAUCAUCUUAGCAAUGCUGCCCAACUUUCAGUUGAACUGUUUGGCGAACUGGAUAAAGGAGUUUUUGAGCCCCAUUUUUAUUACGGUAAGGUUUUACUGGAAUUGGAUCGUGUUCAGAAAGGUAAUUUGAUUACUGGACCGAUUGGGGGUGGCGAUACUGCAAAUAACGAAGAAGGAUGCGAUGAACAAGAAAUUGAUUCUAAAACUGAGUCAGAUACAGCCCUGCAGAGCGGAAAUCAAGAGGAGAGUGCACCCUCGCGUUCGGAGCAGCGAACUGAAAUUAGUGAACGUGAGAUAACUGGACUUGAGGAAUCUGAAGAUGAACAGUGUGAUAAGGAAGAUGAGAACGGAGCAUGUGUUAAGGGAGAGGAAGAUGAGAAGUGUGUUGAGGGAGCUGACGCACCUGAUUCAUCUGUAGACGUUAGAAAAUGUAGCACUGUUAACUCAGUUGACAUUAGUACGGCAGGAGAAUCUAAUGAGAAGAAAGAUUUGGAAGAGACUGUUACCGAGGAUGACGAGGAAGCGGGACCUUUACAGUUAGCUUGGGAGGUUCUCGAAGUAGCUAGAGCAGUUUGUGACCGGAAUAUUGAAGAUGAAGGAUGGAAAGAAAAAAAAAUUGAAGUUCUUCUUACUUUGGCACAGUGCUCUUUAGAAAGCGAAAACUAUGAGCAAGCAGUAGAAGAUCUGGGUGCUUGUCUUGAUCUAGCCCAAAAAACUUUGGAACCUUUUGAUCGCAGGCUUGCGGAAGCUAACUAUCAAGCUGGACAAGCAUGUUGUCUUAGCGGACAAUUUCGAACUGCCGCAAGCUAUUUCUUGAAGGCCAAGGAAGUCUUAAUAGCUAAAUGCAGUUAUUUGGAACAAAAAGUCAGUGAGAUGAAGAGCGAAGGUGCGGAGACAGUCAUUAAAGAAGUGGAGGAAUUGAAGGAACUGAUUCCGGAAAUAAAUUUAAAGAUUGAAGAUUGUGAAGGGAGCGCAGAAACAGAGGAGUUAAAGAAGGCUGCAAUGGAAAAGUUAGCUAGAGCUUUGGCAGGACAACAACCAGUUGAGAGCGAGAAUAAGAGGACAGAUGUGCCUGUGGACGAUAUCACUGAGCUAGUACGCAAGAAGGCUGUUAAAAGAAGCACUGAAAAUGAAGACUCUGAUGCCAUUAAAAGAAACAAAACUGAAGAUGCAAUUCCUUGCUAA